CAGUGGUUCCAUACCCUUCUUUGCCGCAAUUUUGAGUAUAGACUAGAAGCUUAGAGGCACAACAUGGAAAAUAGGAGGAUUACUCGCUCUUCGUCCAAACUUGUGGUAUGUCUAAUAGCGCUUUAACCAUUGAAAUUCAUUCUAGUUAAUUUAUUAAUCAUAGGUUCACUGUUAUUGAGGAGACUGGCAAAUUUGUGACUCCAACAAAGAAACCAAGGCUACCCAAAGGUGUGCCAACUCCAUCUACUCCUACUUCAGUCAUCGUUUUUAUUUCAGACGAUGAAUCUGACUCUGAGGUAACACCAAAGAAACCAAAUUGUAAAAGUAUUUUCCCUAAGUUCUGUUGACAAGGUAAUAAAGGUGACCUAUUUUCCAUUCAAGUGUUAGGUUUGUUCUUUGCCGUGCUUCCGUCAGACAUAACGAAUUCAUUUGGACUCGUGUUUAUUUGUGGUCCUUAUUCCAGGUCGUUUUGAAGUUUAAGCUACCUACUAGUAUGGGAUACGAUGAUGAGCAAAUCCAGCUUGCUCACUAUAUAUUUUUAGCCAAUCUGCCACCCAACGAAGUAUUGGUCAAAACUUCAAACAACUCUUGUACCAGGAAGUCAUUGUGAUCCUUCAGCCCUCGCUCAUUUGUAGAUGCUGAAGUAAUCUACAGAACUCCAAAAUUUUGUUUUGUUUGUCCACUACAUGCUUUAUACAUAGAAAUAUUUUGUAAAAAUUCUAUAGUAUCAUGAAGUGUUUUUUUGUCUAUGUUAUAUUAGGUUAUAACAGCGGUAGCCUGUCACUUGACUCUAGAAGAGUUGUGGACAAAUUCUAAGGACGGAAAAGGAGUGUGCUAUCUGCCCGCUGAACUACCAGUUGUGGGCCAAUUUUGCUUAAGAUUAAUUUCAUGUCAGCAAACGAAUACAACACAUGUUUUCAAAAUUCCUUAGUCGAACCAAUAUGGUGAACAAGGUAAACUGUUUGUCUCGCUCUACUCUGUACGGGCCUCCUCUGGUUUUUUAAUAAGUAUUGCACGGUUUGUAGUUUAUUUUUUUAAUACGUGUGGACAAUUUCCGCAUAUGUAGGUAUGUGUUCCGAUGAGGGAUAAAGCCCAGUGGUACUUGGCUGUCAUUAAGUUGGACAAGGAAGAAGUCCAUAUCUAGGAUCCACAACCAACAUAAGACCGCAAUUCCUUUCAACUACAAGUUGUUCAAACAAUGGUAAAUUUGUGACACUGUGCCGUUAUAACGCAAAAAAAUGUAAAUACCUCUUUCUCAAUACAAAUGUUUCUUAAUUUGUACAUAUGGGGUUUAUGCAAGCCUUGUGGAAGACUCUCUAUCAUGAACAAGGUUCGGGAUUGUCACCACCAAGGAUUGCAGAGUUUUCGUACACAAAUCCUUCAAAGGAUCAAGAACAACUACAUCGGUCUGACAGUGGAGUCUGGGUCUGCAUGUGGAUGUAUGGCGCAAGCUGGGACUCCUCUUAUAUUUGGCCAUGCACUCAAGUGAGGAGGAUGCAGAUCGCUUUGUACCUUGUUCGAGCGCCCAUGAACUACAUAAGGCAUACGGUGCUCACGGAAGCAAGAACAGCUGCACCUCAACUUGAAGCUGCAGUCGAAGAGUACAAGAAAUCCCAUGCAAGGAGGAAAAAGGAAAGAGAAGAGCACAAGGAAACCCAGUCGAAGAGCCCAAGAACAACCUGAUUUUGCGUUUUCUUUUCAAGAUGAUGGACAACCAUUUUAUAUUUUGUUUUUCAAGAUGAUGGACAAUCAUUUUUGGUUUGGUGAAUGCUUUCUAUAUUUAUUUUUUCGUGGAAACUAUAUUGAAUUUUUGGAAAGGAGGUUGCUUUUAAAUCCCUUUGCCAAGUAGGCAAGUCACAACUCGUCCACAAUUAAGGUGGCUACUCAAUUGAUGCAGAACUCGCUCGAUCGAUGGAAUUAAUCCAAUCAAACCAAGGACAUAUUCACGAGGUAAACUCAAUGAGCAAACGGUUUUAUUCUAUUAAAACUUGAAUGAAUUACAACGCAAAACAACUCUUAAAUAGACCUAGCUAGCUUACAGAACAAGGUAAGCCGUCCUAAUCCUAUUAUAACUCGAAAUAGAACCCAAAACAAACAAGGAAAGAACUCAAACACAAAACAGUCUAGGAAUCCUAAUCCUACAAGGAUUCGGAUUACUUGCUUCCAACGCCAGAAAAUGCAGCCUCGACGCGAUCUUUGGACUCUUCGUUCGAAGGCUUCCAAGGUCCAAAUCACUCAACCAAUUCCUCAACAUUGUACUCUGAAUCAUGUAUUUUGAUGUGGUUCAAAUCGUGGAACUAGACUCGCAGCCAUCCCUUCCGAAUCGAGUCUCAAAGUAUCUAGCUUGAACAUGGCUACCGCCUUAGCCAAAAACUGGCAGUUUCCAGCUUUCCAGUUACACUUUUGCACAACUUGAAAAUGGACCUUCUGGACUUGAUCUCCAGCUCCCAAGUAAUCCCAGGUGUUUACAAACAUCCCAGGCUCAAUACAAAUCAAUAAACUCCCAUUUUCAUCGAGCCAUGCGUGACGAACAGGCUUCCAAAGUGAGCUACCCGAAAUGGCAAAGGGACUUAACCAAAAUUCCACCUUCCAACUUGUGAGUGAGGUUACUUCUGUUUCAAGCCAUUGUAUCUUGUACAGAGGUCUAAUUGAGAUCAUAUCAUUCCACUUCAUUCCUAAUUGUCCUCGUCUAAUUAAAUUUGCAUUGAUGUCUGGUUAACCCAAAAAGUAAAACUGAUUGGCUCCCAAUCAGCAUAAUUAAUGACGAAAACCCGUACAAGGCAGAUAAAAAAAUCCUAGGUAAUUAAUUUAAUGUUCCUAGGAUAUGGAAAUGCUUCCAUUUCUUGAAUUUCCACCAACGAUGUAUUAACUACCCUUUUAGUGAGAGAAUUCAUUGUAUUAAUAAAUACGAUAAAAAAGG